AUGGCCGACGAACAACUAGGAGUAAUUGUAACAUUGGAAGUUAUCGAUGAUGAACAAUACAAUGUAGUUAAACCAGCGACUUCAAAAGGUCCAUACCCAAUGAAACCAGUUUAUUUAAACGCUUUUUUGGUAAUGUUAAGUAUUUGGUCCGAGUGGAGUGAGUGUAGUCAAUGUGGUGCUGUCGGCAGGAGAAGGAGAUAUGGCAUGUGUUAUGUGUCCCGUAUAAACGAGUAUAAAACAACAUUUAAAUCAAACAUGACUAACAGUGACGAGGAAAUUUCAAAACUAUUUGAAGUGUAUCCCGACGGUAUCCCUUGUCGAUCACGAAUAUUGGCGCCUACAAUUCGAAACAUGCUAUCAGUACAGCAGAGACCAAACGAAAUUAUGCUCGGCCUGUGCAGGAUUAAAUUCUGGUUUGUAACAUAUCCAUUGAACGUUUCAUCUGAUGUAGGCUCAACUAACUCAAUACAGGUUCAAUGCAAAGAAGCAAUAGUGAACAUUCGAUCCCAGUCCGGCGAAAUAAUCGAAUCCGUAAACAACACCGCUGGUAUAUAUUCCCUCCUUCAGAACCCACCUUUACAACCACCAUUACCAGCUAGAAGAAUCAUGUACGUAGAACCAGGGGAAAGAGUCAUCAUUAUAUGCUAUGGUACAACUCUGCUUGACAUCCCGUUUACGUGGCGUGUCGACACCCAUGAGGUCAGUCCGAGGUAUCUCUGGAGCGCGAGCGGAGACAGGAUCCAUCUCAACGCGAGAGAUCAUAUCGUCAUUAAACACGUAUUAUAUAGCGACGCUCGUGUAUACAGGUGA